ACCAGUACCGCGAGAGUCGUUCAAAUUUUAGUCCGGUUAAAAUGCGCUUCCACCUUUACGGGUUGUUCGCCCUUGUGAUGGCAAUGCAGUGCGACUACGGAAACACCGGAUAUCAAUUGGAUAUAAGGGAAAUACAAAGGCAGAAUCGAAUCACCGAGCAAAUUUUGCAAAACUACAUAGAAAAAAAACUGUUCCCCCAUAGCCAUAGGCCGUCGAAAGCGCCAAGCAUAUGGGACAUCCUGCCCAGAGACCGAAGAAAAAUAAACACAAACAAUAUUCAGGAUGUCCUGAAUAAAACUGAAAAGGAAACUUUGGAGAGCGUAGAGUCCGAACUGAUAAACUCUUAUUACAAAGACGAACCCGAGGAGAAUAACUUUAUAGGUGGACUCUUUAAACAUGAAAAAUCCAGUUCUAGGAGCGAUGACGACGAUUGUCCAAAUUGUAUAGAUGACUCCCUACCUCCUGCCCCAAAUAGAUGGACAAUGCCUCUAUUAAAGCUUGGCGAAAAGAGGUAUUAUCUAGGAAUUUUCUUUAAGGCCAAUUAUUAUAGAGCGACGCAGUACUGCAGAUUCCACGGCAUGCACUUGGCCAGCAUCACGUCCCAAGAGGAAAACGAUAAGCUGGAAAAGUACAUUAAAGACUACGGUCUGGGCAACGAGCACUUUUGGACGUCGGGCACCGAUUUGGCGGACGAAGGCCACUUCUUCUGGAUGUCCACCGGCCGACCGAUCACCUUCACGAACUGGAACGCCGGCGAACCGAACAACUUCGAGUUCGAGAACGGCGAGCAAGAAAACUGCAUCGAGCUGUGGAACAGGGAUGGCAAGGGAUUGAAAUGGAACGAUUCGCCGUGCUCUUUCGAAACAUACUUCGUGUGCGAAGUGCAGUCGUAAUUGGUAUAAAUUCUUAUCACUGAUUUGUUUCAUUAAUUUCUUCAACGAUUACGGAUCAAAUGAACGAAUGCACAGUGAUGGAAUGUAAUUGAUAAAGUUAAGACAUGCGAUUUUGUGCGAGUACAUUCAGAUCUUGCUCGCAUAAAUUUACCUUUCUCUAUUCCUCAAGGAAAUCGCAUGGUUGUUACUCUCAGCUUUAGAAAUUAUGUAAAGUGAUAUUCUGAAAUAGUGAUACGUGCCUAUGUUGCUGAACUAGACAAAAACACAGACAGCUUAGUGUUGUAUUACAAAAUGAUAUUAUGUUUUAAGAAACUAUUUAUAUGGAAUUAACAAACGUGUGUAAAAACAAAAAAAUGAAUGGAGACUGUGUUCCAAUUAUCUUUACGAAUCAGAUAAACCCAGGACAGGACAGUUAACACCACCUAAAAGGUUAUAUUUUCAAUAGAAUUGGCCAAUUUGUUUUUAAUAGGUUAAAUUGUGUACUUUAUUAAACCAAUAAAUGUGCUUUCCACCACUUUAAAAUCGAUUAUUGGCAAAAUUGUGAGAACAAAAUAUAAUUAGGUGGUUUUAACUGUAAUGUCGUACAUUCAAUAAAACUAUAUUAUCAUCGUUGUACACUCACAGGCAAAAUAAUCGAUCCACACAAAUUUUCGAUGAAUUUCCAUCGCAAAUAUCUCUUUUAUUUGAUUUUGGAUUUAAACAAAUAUUAAAGAAUAUUGUAGAAAAAUUAAUGAAGAAUCGCUCACAUUUUAAAAAUUACUAAAAAAAUAGACGUACGUUUAUAACAUACAGGUUUAAACAAAAAUAUUUUUUUUUACCAUAAGUUUCAGACACUCUGUAGAGUGGCAAAACCGUAUAUUUUUCUAAAUUAAGUUUUAAUUAUCAACUCACAUCUAUUUUUAACAGUUUUGUUUUUGGUUCACAUUGAUAUAUUUAUUUUUGUGUAAAAUAUGGAUUUAAAAAAAAACAUUGCAAUUUCCAAUAUUUUUUCUGUACGAAGAACUAAGGUUGCUAUGGUCCAUCCAUAGUCUAUGGAGGAUGACAGUGACAGUUUUGUUGAAUUAUCCCAUAAUUAUCCCAAAAAGUUAUCAAAUUGGUUUUUGUAAAUUAAUAUGUUAAUUUUGAGGCGUCUUCUUACUUUUAAAAAUGUAUGUCUCCGACUGUGACGUUUAAAACACUUGCCACGUAAUACUGUGACAGUCCAUCCUGAAUUAAAUCAAUGGCUCUGGCAACAUCAGUCGGAGACAAAUUCAUUUUUAAAAAUAAGAAGACACCUCAAAAGUUAAACAUUAAUUUGCAAAAAACAAUUUCAUAGCUUUUGAAAGCCGUAUCUGACAUGUCCAAGUAUGGGAUGAUUCAACAAAACUGUCACUGUCAUCCUCCAUAGCCUAUGAAUGGACCAUAGCAACCUUAUUUCUUGGUACAGAAAUAAUAUUGGAAAUUGCAAUGUUUUUUUAAAAAAUCCAUAUUUUCCACAAAAAUAAAUAUAUCGAGGUGAACCAAAAACAAAACUGUUAAUAAUAGAUGUGACUUGAUAACUAAAACCUAAUUUAGAACAAUAUACGGUUUAGCUAUAGCUAUAGAGUAUACUCUACAGAGUGUCUUAAACUUAUGUUAAAAAACUUAUUUUUGUUUAAACCUGAAUAUUAUAAACGUACAUCUAUUUUUUAGUAAUUUUUUAAAAUGUGAGCGAUUCUCUAUUAAUUUAUCUACAUUAUUCUUUAAUAUUUGUUUAAAUCCGAUAUCAAAUAAAAAAGUUAUUUGCGAUUGAAAUUCAUCGAAAAUUUGUGUGGAUCGAUUAUUUUGCCUGUGAGUGUAUUAUAAAAAUUAUUACACCUUACUUUCACUAUAAACAUUCUAAGGUAAUUAACAUUUCGUUUUUAUAAUUUAAUACAAUAAAAUAAAAAAAUAUAUAAUACUCAAGGGUUUUGUAAAUAAAGCAAAAAAAAUUAGGGAUUUAUUUAACUUCCUUUGCAAGUCAACUUUUAUUAACAUUGUAUAAAUAAAUGAUAUUUUCUUUGGUAUUUAUUUUGCUGAUUCCUUAAAGCAAACCUUCACCUUUGAUUAUAUAAUUAAAUAAAUUAAUAAAAAAAUCAAUUAAUUGUAAAGUAAUUAAUGUAAGAACAUUUGUAAAUAUAAUAAAUCAUUUAUGGUGGUAUGCAAAAACAAUCGUUAUUUAACCAUCCUUUUUGUAUACAGCCAUAGGUAUAAUAUUUAGGAUAUGAUACAUAAGAUACUAAAAGCCUUAUGUUCGUAACUAAGUCAUACAAUUAUGUGCGAUUCGUUUUGUCAAAAUACUUGUACAAAG